AUGAGCGAACCUGGAUAUAUUAUGAAGCUCGACGACUCAGUCAUUCAUAAGAUCGCAGCGGGUGAAAUUAUCACUGAGCCAGUUAAUGUCGUCAAGGAAUUGCUCGAAAAUUCCAUUGAUGCCGUUGCAGAUCACAUUCAAAUUAACAUAGAGAACGGAGGGUACGGUUUAAUCCAAAUUAAAGACGAUGGAACAGGAAUACGCAAAUCAGAUAUGCCUCUCGCGUGUGCAAGACAUACAACUUCCAAACUACAUAAAUAUAAUGAUCUUAGAACCAUCGGAACAUUCGGUUUUAGAGGCGAAGCAUUAUUCUCAAUGUCAUGCUGUGCUCAUGUAACUAUCACUACAAAGACUUUCCAAGAAGAAUACGGAUAUUCAGCUGAAUAUUCCGACGGAAAAAUGUCCUCAGAUCUCAAGAACAUAGCGGCAACAGAAGGCACUACGGUCGAAGUACGCGAUCUCUUCUACAAUAAUAGACUCAGACUCAACGCAAGACCAAAAGCAACAACAGAUGCGAAAAAAAUCUACGAAGUAGUAGCAAAAUACGCAGUUACAUACCCAGAAUUAAGCUUUGUACUCUCAUCUAAUGGAAAGGAAAUGCUCCAAACUUACGGUGGCUCAAAAACAGAAGACGUAUUAAAAUUAUUAUUCGAUAUUGAAGAUACAAAGUCGAUAUUUACGCUUAGUUUCUCUCCGUAUCCGAAUGUUACAGCUACUAUGUUCCUUAGCGCCCCUUCUUUCUCUUCUAAGAAGAAGAUGAACGCCAUAUUUAUAAAUGGCAGGCUUGUUCAAUGCCAAUCCUUCAAGCAUUCCAUCGAUACGGCAUACUCUGAGACAGUAGGAUCGGGUGUCAGCCCUUUCUACUUCAUCAUAUUAGUCAUGCCACAAGAAAAUGUAGAGGUGAAUGUUCACCCAUCGAAAAAAACCGUCAAGUUUAUCGGCGAAGUCGAAAUUGGGGAAGAAAUCCAUAAAAAGAUCAAAGAAUCGCUAGAACAAAGAAGAGGAUCGAGGCCUGUGAUGCUAAUGAAAGAAAGGACACAUAAAACUUCACAAAAACCAACUGAUUCUCCUCAAAUUGACAAAUUUAUAUCCCAAAUCAGCCAGAAACCAGCUGAAGAUGCUCCACCACUCUCACAAAGAGAUAAAGCAAGGCAAAUGUUGGGCCUUCCGCUCUUGGAUGCUCCUUCCAAUGAAAAAUCAACAAAUGAAGAACCAGAAAAGCACGAAGAAGAAGAGAGACCUAUAGCUCCACCAAGUUAUAAACCACCUGAAGAGAACAAACCACAAGAACCUCAAAAUUUCCUCUCAGAAUCUGAUGAUGAAAAAUCUGAGGUCAAAAAUGAGCCAAAAGUCGAAGAACCAGUCACACAAGAUCUUCCUAAGCCUAAUAUCCCUGUCGAAAAUACUCAUUUCAGUGAUGAUUCCGAUGAAAAUCAAUUCUUUUUGCCAAAAGUGCCAAAAAGUGUUAAAAAGAACACAUUAAACACAGAAAAAGCACCUAAGAAGUCAUCCACGUCAGACACUCGUUACAAUCUCUUUGCCGAGCUGAAAUACAAACCAAAAGUUGUAUCUGCAGCCGAACAAGGCAUGAAAACCCUUGAACAGCUUCUCACUCCACCAACAGUCAUUGCCAAACCAUUCCGAAACGUCGAACUCCAAAGUGUUCUAGAGAUGAGACGCAAUUUCACCGAAAACAGUUCAAAAACACUUACAGAAAUCCUGAAAGGCCAUUCUUUCCUUGGUUUCUGUGAUAUCAGUAACUUUUUGAUCUCUUUUGGUGAUGGACUUUAUCUCUGCAACACAUUUGGAGUUGUCAAAGACUUGUUUGUCAAAUUGAUUUUGGACAAAUUCCAGAAUUUUCCACAAUUGAGAUUAGACAAACCAAUUGACAUCGCGCAGACUGUUUCUAUACUUGGAAAUGAUGGUGAAAAAGCUGUGCAAACACUGGAAAACAAUUCUGCAAUGCUCAUGGACUAUUUCUCUAUUUCCAUUGAAAAUGGGAAACUUUAUUCGAUGCCAAGCAUUGUUUCUAAUUACAGACCGACUUAUUCUGCAAUGCCUCUCUUUCUUUCCAAUAUUGUAAACAAUGUUGACUGGGAGAAUGAGAUACAAUGUUUGUCCACUUUAAUUGAUGAGAUUGCGUCUGUUUCUUCGCCAAUUCCUGAUGAUGGAAAUGACAAAGAAGUCGAAAUGAAACUGAUGAAUCAAAUUGGUUCUUUGGUUCUUCCUGUGAUGAAAGAGGAGUCUUUUGUAGCUUCAAUGGAUGCAACUGAAUCUGUUAUGAAACUGUAUACUGCUGCUUCUUUGUUUGAUAAAUUUAAUCAAUAA